UAUGAUUGCCUGGCAUUGAUGAGUACAUGGCUGCGUGAAUCCUUCCCGCUUUGACUUGUGAAGAUAGUCCCCACACCAUUGAUGAAUUCAAUCCUUCAUUUCAUGCCUUCAAUUCCAAAUUCCUCCAUCAAAACCCUAAACCUAGCUCAGAAUAAUUCAAGAAAAUGGUAUCUUUAGCCACCCAUUUCACAUCCUUCGUCUUCCUUCUCCCACUGGGAAUCCGCCGUCUCCUCUGCUCCUCCUCUCUCUACCUCAAGAACCCCGCCCUCUUCAGAUCAAGAAUCUGGUAUUUCUCUGACCCCAAAUGGAAAAACAUUGAUUUCUACGCUCUCCUCAUUGUUCUUCCCCUUGCCUCCUUCUCCCUCGUGUUCCUCUUCUCGGCAUUUUCUGUGCACCCCACUUACGGCUUCUCACUGUUGAACCAAUCAUUAGUCAUUUUCCUGUUCUGGGUGCUCAUGAUCCUCAUAAUCGCCAAGGAAAGUUUUGAUCUUUGUAGUAUCCCAGAGGGUUUCUUAUUCAUAUUUGCUGGAAUUGCAUUUUAUAUUGAGUUCUUGAUGAAUGGGAAAGGAAUUGUGGGGCUUGGUGGUGAUCUGUAUGGGGUUUUGGGUAUGUUAGCCCUUAUUUGUGCUGCUUGUUGCAUGUUUUUGGCGAUCAGACCAACGGCUUUCCUUGGGGAGUUUUUGCUUUCCUCUGUACUUGUUCUCAAGGGGACUUGGGUUUUGCAAGUGGGGUUAUCAUUGUUUACUGACACUAUUGGGUUUAAAGGGUGUGAGAAAAUUACUGAAGAUGUGGUUAAAGGGAAUGCUGAUGUUAAGUGUCCACUUGAGGAGGAUAGGUUGAGGGGUUUGGCACUGAUGAAUUUGUUGUUUGUUGGGCAUGUGAUUCUGGUCAUGAUCUUGAGCUUCCUGUUUUUUGGAGUGGCGAAUUGGAACCGAAACUUGAGGUCUGGAGAGACUAAUGGAUCAUUGCUAGCUGAAAUUAGACCAGAGGGUGUGCAGAUGCACCAGCUUUCUGAAUUCGAGAUAGAAUGAGAAGCAUUCAUUCUUUGUCCUACUUUCAUAGACUACUGGUAACUUUCUUUCAUCUUGUUCAUUCACCAUAGGUAGGUCUCUUAGAUUUAUCCCUUUUUUUUAUUUUUAUUUUUAUUUUUUAAUAAUCACACAUUUCUGGCUUUUGCAACUUUGUAUGACAUGCAAUAUAAUGAAAAAAGAGUUACUUUUUCCAGUCAAUGUGAUUGAUUUCUCUUGUUGCUGAUCCUCGCUAACAUGAUUUGUUAGAAAGAAUAUCAUAAGUUCUUGAACUUUAUUAAAUCUAUGUGUCUUUGAAACACACACGGGAUACUGCAGUGAGUUUUUCAGGCUGUCACAGUUACAGAUUCGCAAGCUGCGAGACAUCAGAAAUGAUUGUUUGAAAAUAUGUUUACACAAACAUACUCUAAUUACCUUUUGCAGCAUGUUGUGCUUCCGUUUUUAAUAUUUUAAUGGCUGUACAAUUUCCACAUAGUAGACUGUCAUGCAAGGGGUGCUCUUCAGGCAUGUUCUUUCAUCUUUGUAAUUGCAUAGUAGAAGUCAGUAUUUGCAGUUUAACUAUUUUAGUAAUAUUUAGGAUUUUGAUUUUCAUAUAAUGAAAAGGAAAAGUAUAGAACUUCGUUAGAUCUUUUUCUAGCUUUUUGGAUUGGCUGGAAGAAACCGUUCUGUGGCCAUGCCAUUCUAUGGGGGAGAUGGAAGAAGAGUUUUUUUAAAGGAAAAGAAACUGAGAUAAAAACCGCCAAUUCAGACAGAAAUGAUCUAUUGGAUUCAGUUGUUUCGCAUUCUGAUUGAUUUUUACCAAACUUUUUAAACAAACACCCACAAUAGACAUGAUUCUGAUUUUAUAUUUCAAAACAAAUCAACCAAAUGAUCCCCAAUUGUUGCUAAUAGGAUUGCCAGUUUUAUGACAUAAAAGGGUUCAGAAUUACCUCCCGAACUGAGAUGGCUAUGAUUGUUUUUGUCAACUCUGGAAAGAACAUAUUCAAAGACAAUUAGUGAGUAUGUCAAUCGAUAACAUAGCUGCAAUUGCAUAUUCAUUGGAGAAGCAAAACAGUGGCAAUGGAGGUCAACAUUUUGAACGCUAUCUUAUUAAAGUUGACAGAGACACUGAAAGAUGUCCCUCUAAAAUAGUAACACUAUUUUUAAUUGUUCGGUAACUCACUGCUGACAUGUCUGGCUCAUACGGUUAAUGUGCUUAUUUUGCUGACGGCUAACUGCAUCUGCUUUCAUAGCCGGAUCAGUGCAUAACUUCUUUGGAGAAAGAGAGAAUCUAGAUUUAACCUCAGCUUAACUUUGCCAAGGUGUCAUGGAAUUCCGUGCAUAAAACCUUUGUUGAACUUCAAGGUUUCAUCUAGAGCCGAGAGAAGUUCAUUCAACAGCAGUAUUUAUGUUGAAAUGGUACUUGCUGGUUCAUGACAAUUUUGUCAUCAUUAACAUCUGCUUCUCGUUACUACUAUGGCCUUAGGAGAUAUAUGUUCUGUUUUGCUGACAAAAAGAUGUUAUACACAAGUGGAAGCUGGAAAACACUUGAUCAAUCUGAUCCUCUAAAGAAUCCUAGUGAUAUAGUUUGAGCAGAUAAUCUCCUCCGGUUCUGUUGAUGCCCUCUCAAAUAAAAAUGUCAUUUGUGGGUUUGUAUGUGUAGAGAUGCCAGUGACCCUUAGCUUAAUGGGUUAAGGGUAGGCCUGUGUAAGAUUUGAGAUCUCGAAAACAACUCUGUUGAUCUCAUGCAGAGGAACUAAUUCUCGUAGUCUACAAAGAACAGCAAGUUAAGAAUAUCUAGCAUUCUUGGUGCUAUGCUUGUAUUGC